GUAGGAAAACAGGCAUCGUUUUCACUUUCAGUGCAAAGUGUCGGUGGUGUAAGGGCCCGCAAAACGAUACUACUACUGCACCUAUUAUCAUUUCUUCAUUUCAUUUUCUCUCGUUGAUCUAAACUCGCUGUUUCAUCUUCUUGUUAAUCAUACCUCUUCUUUAGGUUUAAACUUAUUCUUGGACGACCCUGGUUUUUAUUUUUUGAGUUUUGAAUUUCCUUUUUUUGGGGGGCUUCGCUUUUAUUACAGAAUUUUGAAAGAGAAAAGAAGAAAUGGGGAUUGAUUUGAGGCAAGUAGUGGCCGGUAUUCUCACUCUCACCAUGUUUGUGAUGCUUGGUCAAAUGAUCAAAAGAGACCAUUUUGAUUCUCUUCAAUAGAAGAAGAAGAAGAAGAAGAAGAAGAAGAAGAAGAAAAUAUGGGCUAACUUGAAACUUCCUUUUAGUUUUUAAACAAUUAAAGCUAUUUUAUUUUCCAGGGGAAGUAUCUGGAAAACUAGACUGAACAAGGUAUAGAAAACAACCCAUUUAAAGUUAAAUUUGGUUUAGAAGAGUUAUUUCAGGAUUCAAGCAUAGAUGAGUGAAGGAUUCUGCUUCUUUCAGAUUUAUAAUUUCAGUCCUAGGCCUUAUUUCAACGUCUCAAGCCUUUAUGACCAACUAGAAGAAAUUGAUAAACUUCCUGGAGAAGCUCAGGAUGUUCAAGUUGGUAAUGCCAAUGUUAUUGAGAAGGAUGGCCUUGUAAAGCUUUCGAAGGGGAGCAAAGGGCCUUGGAUGAAGGACAGUCAAGAGCUAAAACCAUGUUGGAGCAGGACCACUUUUGAUGGGAUAGAGCAGUCAAGAGGGUAUGUUACUUUCUCAUUGACUAAUGGUCCAGAAUACCAUGUCUCUCAGAUGGCUGAUGCAGUAAUAGUAGCAAGGUACCUAGCGGCAGCACUUGUACUUCCGGAUAUUAGAGGAAGCAGACCUGGUGACGAAAGAAACUUUAAAGAUAUUUAUGAUGUUGAGAAGUUCAUGAAAAGCCUCGAUGGGGUUGUCAAAGUAGUGAAGCAACUACCCAAUGAAAUAUCAAUUCGGGAUCUUGCUGCUGUGAAGGUUCCCAAUAGGGUCACCGAAGAUCACAUUGUGGAAAAUGUACAACCAAUUUUUAAAUCAAAGGGAAACAUAAGGCUUGCUACCUACUUCCCUACUGUAAAUAUGAGAAAAACUACACAAAAGAGUAGUGUUGAUUCAGUCUCAUGUUUGGGAAUGUUUGGAACUUUAGAGUUGCAACCAGAAGUCAGUGAAGUUGUUGAUUCAAUGAUUGAACGGCUUAGAACUUUGAGUCGCAAAUCAGAUGGCCUGUUUAUAGCAGUGGACUUGAGGGUUGAUGUAUUGGAGAAUAAGAAUUGUCAUGGUAGUGGUACUAAUGUAGCAAAAAGUUGUUAUAAUGCACAGGAGAUUGCUUUGUUUUUGAGGAAGGUCGGAUUUAAUACCGAUACCACUAUAUACCUGACUCAAUCAAAGUGGGAUAACAGCCUUAGUGUCCUCAAGGAUAUCUUUCCUAAAACAUACACAAAGGAAAACAUUAUGCCAGAGGAGAAGAAGGGGAAGUUUCUUGAAUUUGAAGGUUCAGAACUGGAGAAGGUUAUAGAUUUCUACAUAUGUUCCAAGAGUGAUGUUUUUGUCCCAGCCUUAUCUGGUCUGUUUUAUGCCAAUGUAGCUGGAAAAAGAAUAGCUUUAGGGAAGCCUCAAAUCCUCGUUCCAGCCGAUAUACCGGGUACAUCUGCAACAGUCACGAACUACCUCUCUCCUUAUGUUGCCAAGAAGAACCAUUUGGCUUAUUCAUGCUUUUGCUAACCUUCUUUCAAGGAAAUCCUUCAUAAAUGGUUAUGGGGCCUUCCCAUUUACCUCAGUCAUUGAGUCCUUUUGGGUGACUGGAUGGACUGCUCAACUUUGGGGUUUAUACUUCAUCUGGGUGUGAAAGUUCUCUAGUAAAAAUUAUCUGUUUAAGAUGAUUUUUUUUCCUUUAAUAUGUUCAGUAGAGCAAAUAUGUUACGGGGUUCAAGUCGUCAUGUGAUGCAGAACUUCAUUUCUAUCAUUUCUUCAUUGUUUUAUGGAUGCACAUUGAUUCUAUAAAUUUUGCAAUUGUUAAUUAUAAAAAAAGAACAGAGUUAAUUUAAAACUUAUGUAAUUAUUUUUUAAAAGUAAAAAUUACUCUUAAUUUAA